AAAAGAAAAUGCAUUGGCUGCUCAGAACUCCUUGGAAACGCAAAGAAAAAAUGUCCAAGUUGUAUGGCCAUUCAGCCAUACAAAGCAAAAUUAAAAGCCAAAAGAACUAAAUUCAAUGAAGUCAAGGAAGAAUGGGUCGAAAAAACAAAAAAACAUUGCAACAGAACGCGAGUCAUGGAUGGAGCUCAUUUACUGGUUGAUAAACUAUGUGUGCUGGGCUUCUACCCGUUGCUUUUCUACGGACAAAAGGUUAAAGGGAGAAACCGUUACCAAGCACACAUCAUCAUACCUGAAAAGGUUAAAGAAGCAUUCUGUGGACACGCUGUCUUUACAACAAUGAAGUCCUUAUAUGAAAAACUUCUGAAAGUAUACACAGAAACUAACGAAAAUGUCACUGUGUCUGGUGUGGAGCAGGAUCCUUGUGCUGCAGCCAACAACCUGCAGGUUUGUGAGAAUGAAUCGGUCAUUGACAUGGCCAGUAGCCAGCCAGGUUCCAGCAUCAGCCUUCCAGCCAGUAGCCAGCCAGGUUCCAGCAUCAGCCUUCCAGUCAGUAGCCAACCCGGUUCCGGCAUCAGCCUUCCAGUCAGUAGCCAACCCGGUUCCGGCAUCAGCCUUCCAGUCAGUAGCCAACCCGGUUCCGGCAUCAGCCUUCCAGUCAGUAGCCAGCCCGGUUCCAGCAUCAGCCUUCCAGUCAGUAGCCAGCAGGGUUCCAGCAUCAGCCUUCCAGUCAGUAGCCAACCCGGUUCCGGCAUCAGCCUUCCAGUCAGUAGCCAACCCGGUUCCGGCAUCAGCCUUCCAGUCAGUAGCCAACCCGGUUCCGGCAUCAGCCUUCCAGUCAGUAGCCAACCCGGUUCCGGCAUCAGCCUUCCAGUCAGUAGCCAGCAGGGUUCCAGCAUCAGCCUUCCAGUCAGUAGCCAACCGGGUUCCAGCAUCAGCCUUCCAGUCAGUAGCCAGCAGGGUUCCAGCAUCAGCCUUCCAGUCAGUAGCCAACAGGGUUCCAGCAUCAGCCUUCCAGUCAGUAGCCAGCAGGGUUCCAGCAUCAGCCUUCCAGUCAGUAGCCAGCAGGGUUCCAGCAUCAGCCUUCCAGUCAGUAGCCAACCGGGUUCCAGCAUCAGCCUUCCAGUCAGUAGCCAGCAGGGUUCCAGCAUCAGCCUUCCAGUCAGUAGCCAGCCCGGUUCCAGCAUCAGCCUUCCAGUCAGUAGCCAGCAGGGUUCCAGCAUCAGCCUUCCAGUCAGUAGCCAACCGGGUUCCAGCAUCAGCCUUCCAGUCAGUAGCCAGCAGGGUUCCAGCAUCAGCCUUCCAGUCAGUAGCCAGCAGGGUUCCAGCAUCAGCCUUCCAGUCAGUAGCCAGCAGGGUUCCAGCAUCAGCCUUCCAGUCAGUAGCCAACCGGGUUCCAGCAUCAGCCUUCCAGUCAGUAGCCAGCAGGGUUCCAGCAUCAGCCUUCCAGUCAGUAGCCAGCAGGGUUCCAGCAUCAGCCUUCCAGUCAGUAGCCAGCAGGGUUCCAGCAUCAGCCUUCCAGUCAGUAGCCAGCAGGGUUCCAGCAUCAGCCUUCCAGUCAGUAGCCAGCAGGGUUCCAGCAUCAGCCUUCCAGUCAGUAGCCAGCAGGGUUCCAGCAUCAGCCUUCCAGUCAGUAGCCAGCAGGGUUCCAGCAUCAGCCUUCCAGUCAGUAGCCAGCAGGGUUCCAGCAUCAGCCUUCCAGUCAGUAGCCAACCCGGUUCCGGCAUCAGCCUUCCAGUCAGUAGCCAGCAGGGUUCCAGCAUCAGCCUUCCAGUCAGUAGCCAGCAGGGUUCCAGCAUCAGCCUUCCAGUCAGUAGCCAACCGGGUUCCAGCAUCAGCCUUCCAGUCAGUAGCCAGCAGGGUUCCAGCAUCAGCCUUCCAGUCAGUAGCCAACCCGGUUCCGGCAUCAGCCUUCCAGUCAGUAGCCAGCAGGGUUCCAGCAUCAGCCUUCCAGUCAGUAGCAACCUAGGCCUUGGCAUCAGCUCUUCAGUUGGUAUUAUGGCUAUUAAUGAGAACCAUUUCAACAGUGGCCAUGCAACCAGUAGGAAGAGACCACACCCCACUGUCAGGCCUUCAAACAGUUUGAACAAUACAGAAUGUCCCAGAAUUGGACUAGGUGCCAGUAGAAUGUCAGGCACCAGCAUGUCCCAUCCCUAUAGGAACAAGUCAGGCAGUUUCAAGCUCUCUAAACAGGAAUUGAUGUCCAGCAUUCCAGCCCAAGAUGAAAAGCAGCAUCCUUCUGACAAUUCUGACCGUUGCAGAAAACAUGUGCCGAACAAUAAAAGGAAAAAAAAUCAAGAGGAGUGUACCAUACACUUGAAUGCAGACACAUACCCGUAUGAGUAGAUCAUUAGGAGGAGAGUAAGGGAGGGCAAGAAAGAGGUCCUUGUCCGCUGGAAACCAUGUUCUGGAUGUGGUUUGGCGUGGAAGGACACAUGGGAACCAUCUGAUGAAUUUGGUGGUGAUUGAUUAGAAAUAGUACACUGAUCUAUAAAAUUUGUAUCUGUUUGUUUCCAGUGCCUUUCAUUUGCAAAUAAAGGGGAAGUGGGGAUUGUUUUUUCCCUGCUGGAAACUUUCAUAUCUGUUCAUUUAAAAUAAAAAGUAAUUGCAGACACAA